GGUCGAAUUGCCAUUCUCUGACACACUUUGGUGCCACACCUUGCCUGCUUGGUUUCACGUCUCUCGCCUAAUCAUUCACAGAUUGCGUGGACAAUUUUCGUAUACCCAUUGAAAAAUGAAGCUCCCGAUUCUGAUUUGUUUGCUCGGAUUUCUAGUCACUACUGUAGCAGCCGAGAAGACUUGUAACUACAAUGGGCAAAUAUACCACACUGGUGAAGGAUUCAAAUCAACUGAUGGAUGCAAUACCUGCGGCUGCACGAAUGGUUUUGUCUUCUGCACAGAAAUGGCUUGCGCGCACUUACCUCUUGACGGAUUUGCUGUGAACAUUCACCAAGCAAACACAUGUGGUCAACACUACAUUUCUUACACCGUCACACGUACAGAAAACACGAUGAAGAAAGUCAUGAUUAUGUUGCUGGUUGCUACAAUUUCUGCUGUUACCCUAGCAGUAACAGUUGAUGAUCUCACCCCUGAUCAGUGCCUAUAUGGUGGCGUAGUGUACAACAGCGGUGAUAGUUUCAAAUCAACCGACGGCUGCAAUACCUGUGGCUGUGGUGGAAGGAACGCUGUGUUCUGUACCCUCAUGGCUUGCAUUCCACCAAAUAUUGAUGGAUAGAAAGUAUGCUGAUGAAAUACAAUAGCGCGUGAAGCUCCCAAAAUGACACAAAUUGUAUCAAUAAAGCUAGGAUAUUCGCUGUUGUAGUA